AUGCCGUUCAUUCCGAACACCCCCGAGUCCCUCAUCGGUCGCUCGGACUCCAAAAACCCCGCUACGACAUGUAGAGGCAUUACUGGAGGCGGUCGUCCGUGCCGUCGACCGCUGGCAGCAUCUCCGGGGUCUUCUCCUGCAGCGUCUCCGGCCGCCUCUCCUCUCCCACCGCGGACCCCACCACGAACUCGAGUCAACAGGCUGCGCGCCGACGACCCAAGUAACCCGAAUUUGUACUGUUGGCAACACAGAGAUCAAGCGAGUUCUUCCGCGAGGUCUAGCCCGGGGCCAAAUACGAGAACCACACCGAUACUCGAGACCCGUGAGAGCUUCGAUAGCCUCAUCGACCGACUUGGUAUUGUGGAGGCACAAAGACAGGGCCGGAAACCCGUGCGUAAGUCUGCGAAACCAGAAAAUGAGAAGAUCGUACAGACUAGCAACACGAACGUCUCACAGCCGCACAAGCGAAAGGCAAAGCCCAAGACUGUGAGCUUCUGCUGUUGCUUCACAAUGCCCGUGGUAGAGGAAGAGCGGCCAACGAGACCAAAACCGAGACCAAUACAGGGUGCGCCCGGAAAGGCCGCCACUGCAAAGCUGCCGUCGAGCCAGCAUCUUGCGCCAUCCUCCGCGGGUCCCCGGCCAAGCCUCACAGCAUCGAAGCACUCGUCGGUGCAAUCCAAUGUCUCGCAGACAUCUCAAUUCCUCUCCUUGAUCCCUCCUGCUGCCUCACCGCAGACAGCUUCACAGUUACUUGCAGAACUUGCGAAGCCAAUAUCGAAUCGAGACGAAGCGGGCUACAUCUACAUCUUCUGGCUGACACCAGAGUCGCAAUCCGCAGCGCCCCCAGCCGAGGCAGCCAGGAACUUGUUAGCCCCACCUGCACGCUCAGAUAUGCGUCAACGACGAACCAGUGAUGUCCUGCAGUCCUUUGCAAAUCAGACAAACAAGGCCGGCUCCUCGAGCAAGACGGUCCUGCUGAAGAUUGGCAGGGCGUCCAAUGUCCAACGGCGUCUGAACGAGUGGUCGCGACAAUGUGGGUACAACCUCUCGCUGAUCCGCUAUUACCCCUAUAUCUCAACAACUCAGCCCUCGACACCCCGCAAGAUGCCGCAUAGCCACAAGGUUGAACGCUUGAUACAUAUCGAGCUUGCGGGUGCUGGACUCCGUGUUAGUGACAAGGGGAACUGUGACACCUGUGGCAAAGCUCAUAGGGAGUGGUUUGAGGUCGAAGCCAGUAGACAGGGCAUCACCAUGGUUGACGAAGUCGUCAAACGCUGGUCAGACUGGGACGAGUCAAGAUGA